AGCUGGGGGGAACAUAAAUAGGUACGGACCGCUAAGCCGCCCUAAGGUCACCUCGAGGUCGUGUUUGUAUCCAAUUCGCCCCGUGGAUAAGCUGUCUUGGCCUAGUCUGGUACAACUGGUCUGGUACAACGUCAACUGUGGCUCGGGAUUUGGCUGUUUCUUUCAUAUCCAUCUAGCCGGCCUCAAUAAGAGGAAAAGACAAGAUGGCACCCGAAUCCUUCGUCAUCAAGACGCCCAGCUCGUCGGCCAACAUCGGUCCCGGGUUCGACGUGAUCGGGCUGGCGCUGUCGCUGUACCUGGAGCUGCACGUCACCGUCGACCGGUCCGGGGCCGGCACGGCCUACCCGCUCAACUGCCGGGUGACGUACGAGGGCGAGGGGGCCGACUCGGACGGCAUCCCGCUGGACCCGGACGCCAACCUCAUCACGCGCGUGGCCCUGUACGUGCUCCGGUGCCACGGCCAGCGCGCCUUCCCAGCCCAGACCCACGUGCACAUCAAGAACUCGAUCCCGCUCGGCCGCGGCCUGGGCUCGUCGGGCGCCGCCGUGGUCGCCGGCGUCAUGCUGGGCAAGGAGGUCGGCGGGCUGCACCACCUGGACGACGAUAGGUUAUUCGACUUUUGCUUGAUGAUUGAGAGGCACCCCGACAACGUGGGCGCUGCCCUGUUUGGCGGCUUUGUCGGGACGUACCUGAACCCGCUGAAGCCCGAGGACGUGGCACGGACGGAGAUCCCGCUGAGCGAGGUGCUCUCUGCCCCGGCCGGCGGUGUCGACACGGGCGACGCGCCGCCGGAGCCGCCGCACGGCAUCGGCCACCACAUCAAGUUCCCCUGGGCCAAGGAGAUCAAGGCCGUGGCCAUAAUCCCCGACUUUGAGGUGCCGACGGCCUUGGCGCGGGAGGUGCUGCCGGCUCAGUACCCUCGAUCAGACGUGACAUUCAACCUCCAGAGGAUAGCGCUCCUGCCCGUGGCGCUGGGCCAGUCCCCGCCGGACCCGGACAUGAUCUACCUGGCGAUGCAGGACAAGCUGCACCAGCCGUACCGGCAGACGCUCAUCCCGGGCCUGACCGACAUCGUCGAGUCCAUGACGCCCGCGACGCAGCCGGGCCUGCUGGGCGUGUGCCUCUCGGGCGCGGGCCCCGCCAUCCUCGCGCUCGCCACGGCCAACCACGGCGAGAUCGCGGAGCGCAUCAUUGCAAAGUUCACCGCCCUGGGCAUCUCGUGCACCUGGCGCCUGCUGGAGCCCGCCGAGGGCACCGUCGUCAUCAGGUCGUGAGGCGAGGCGGUGGGUGUAGCGGGUUUCAAGGGGGGAGAUCGGUUGAGGUUGGGUUGCUUUUCGGUAGCCCGCCUUGGUUGCAAUGAGUUGGUAGCGUUAGGGUAAUACAGAAUGCAGGGCUCUUGCUCCUUGCAUGGCAGGCCCCGGGCUAGAUUCCCCUCCAGGUGAUGGACAAGUCGAUCAUUCUGGAAUGAGGCGCCUCUCGAUGCGGCCCUUCGACCCCUUUGCAGCUGUGGCCGCCCGAAUGCCGUGAAUGGUUGCUUGCGUGGCAGGGCGUCUGUCGCGGGUGCAUGUGCCGAUCGGUGGCGAUUCCACCAAACCGGGCGCAAUCCUGACCCGUUGCUUCUUCCGCCCGAGAGGCCACGACGCGACGGCUGGGAGGUCUUACGGGGGGGCCAUUGCCGCCCAACCCAAACGAUUGGGCCUGUAUGCCGGGCGCGGGGGGGAAGUAGGGGGCCGGCUGGGGACGUGGCGUUGGACCCGGGCGAAAGCGGUUGGCGGGCGGGAGAAGCCUCACUAUACGCCUCGUUUCUUCUUGUUCCUUUGUUUUGUUUUUUUGUUAUUGCUAGGUCGAUAAACACCGAAACCUAAAUGAAAUGGUCAAAGAUAAACGGACGUCUAUAAGAGGGCGAAGGGUCGGUCGAGAAGGAAGCAUAUUUGUUCGUCCUGUUCAUUGGCAAACACUCAUUCUCGCCUUAUCCAGACCUUAACGACCGUUAUCGGAGCCAACCCCAGCCUGCCGGCCUCACCCAGUAUAAAAAACCCCGCCCUCCCGAACCGAGCCUCGCUGAUAAUG